AUGGCGACGGUGGGAUGCGCGACGUAUGUGCCUAAGGAGGAGCAGUCCGAGGAGGACCUAGGGUACAUGCGCAUGGCGCUCGACAUGGCUCAAGAGGCAUUUGAUCACGAAGAAGUGCCGGUCGGCUGCGUCUUUGUGCAGGAUGGCAGGGUGAUCGCGAAAGGACGCAACCGCACGAAUGAGCUGCUCAAUGCGACACGGCACGCCGAGCUCGAGGCGAUCGACUGUAUCCUCCGCGACCAGCCGCCGCAGGACCCCCACUUCGGGUGCGAGCCCCACGCGGGCCCGCCCGGCGACAAUCCCAUGCUGCGCACGACGCUCUAUGUGACGAUCGAGCCGUGCCUCAUGUGUGCCUCGGCCCUGCGCCAAAUCGGGAUCCAGCGGGUGGUGUACGGCGCAGGAAAUGAGCGCUUCGGUGGUAAUGGAUCGGUGCUCCCGCUGCAGUCCACGCCCGAGCUGGCCUACAGCCCCCCGUACGUGUCGCUCGGCGGCUACCUGCGCGAAGAGGCGAUCCUGAUCCUGCGCCAGUUCUACCUCACGGAGAACACCAAGGCUCCCAAGCCGAAAGCCAAGGCGAAGCGUGUGCUCAAGACCGAGAUUGCGCCGCCCGGCGUCUCGAUGCACGCGCAUGCUGCGCGCGAGUCAUAG